CCCACGCGGUGUCGGUAACUCAAUGUGUGGGUUGGAGACGGUGUUCGAGUCGGUGCUGCGGCGUUUCGUCCUGUGAACACAUUAAUGACAGCGAACUGAGCCUAGCGUCAGCUAACUGCGCCUCUGUGUGACGUCACUGCCUUGCCAGUGGAGAUGAUCGCGUGAAGUCAAAGUUGAGGUCUUUAGUUGCGUGCGUGUGAUGGCAGAGCUCCCGUCUGGACUGCUGGAGGCAUGCGUAGUGAUUGGAGCGUCCACUGACAAGCUACGAGACAUAUACCAGCUCCAUGUGCAGAGUAACCUAAAGGAAUUCCCCCUGUUGGAAGGAGAGGUACUGCAGGUCCAUGCCCCGCCUUUUGUUUCCAAGGAAACCAACUCCAGUCAGUUGAUUGGACCAGCCUUCAGUCGUGUCCAGAAGAGGAGAAGCUUUAUCAAAAAGAAGAGGCGAGAUCGUGCUGCAGAGGUGUUGCCUAACGGAGAAACUAUCAAUAGCACCGAAGUGUCCUCGGGGACGGACGACAUCAGUGUUCCAAAGGAUCUGGACCUCAUUGCCUUGCCACAGCUCUGUUUCCCCGGUGGUCUCCAGUUAGCCAAUGAGCAGCGAGAAGACAGUUAUCACUUCCUGGUCUUUACUGACCUGUUUGGGAACCGAACCCACGGAGUUGUCGUGCAGUACGACAGAGCCGUACAGUCUUGUCAGGAAGGUUCUGUCCAGAAUGGCAACAGGUGGAAUCCCUCGAAGUCCCGCCUCUAUACACCUUUUGCUCUGUGUGUCAUCUCCAAGUUCCCCUAUUACAAUGCUCUGAAAGACUGCUUGUCAUGUCUCCUGGUCCUGUUGCGGCUUGCGAGACAAGCUGACUUUGAGGAGACCAUAAAGGAGUUUUCAGCCAAGCUUUCCCUGGUUCCUUUACCACCACCUGGACAGCUGCACGUGUCCUUCAACCUCCGUCCCAUCAAUGUGGUUCUUCCAUCGAGGCAAGAUCAGGACAGCCCCAUUAUUGACCUGGACCUGCAUCUUCCUUUCCUCUGUUUCACGCACACAACACUGCUCCAGGUGCUGUCCUGCCUCCUUCAGGAGCAGAGGCUGGUUUUCUUCUCGGCCGACUGGGCCAGGCUCACUCUGGUCGCAGAGAGUCUGCUGUUGUACCUGCAGCCUCUGUCCUGGCAGCAGCCUUAUGUUCCUGUGUUGGCGAGAGGAAUGCUAGACUUCCUCAUGGCUCCCACAGCCUUCCUGAUGGGCUGUCACAUCAGUAAUUUUGAAGAGGUCGCUGCGGAGACAGAGGAGCUAAUUCUGGUGAAUGUUGAUGAUGGCAUCAUUCAGUCGUCAUGGUCUGAAGUCUUUGACCUACCAUCCAUCCCUUCGGCUGCUGCUGAGUGCUUUAUCUCAAGGGCAGAGUGUCUCAGGUUUCACUAUGACCUGGAGCAGUGUCAUCUUGGAGCGGGCACUGAUGCCAACGCACUGCGAGCCCAACGCAGAGACUGGCAGACGCGCCUCAACACACAGAUACAAAACAUUGCACUGGAACUGGUGGUUAACGUCUUCAGAGGCGUCCAGGACUUUCUAAACCAUGAACACAGAGUUUUCAACAGCGAGGAGUUUCUGAGGACCAGGGAGUCGUCAGAUCAGCUGUUUUAUAAGACGGUUUUAGACACCCAUAUCUUUCACUCAUUUCUGCGCGACCGGCUAAACAGGAAACAAGACGCCUUUAGCCGCAUGGAGCAGAACACACGUAACCAUGCACACAGGAACCGUGCGAUGACGGAGUCUCCUCGGCGUCCCCUCCUGUCCGACCUGUCCCGGAGUGGCUACAGCAGCUACACCAGCCCCAGUGACCGGCUGAGCAAGAGGCUGGGAGCCAGCCUGCCCAACCUGGAGCAACCUGCCCACGACAGCGCGACGGCCCUCAGUGCCAACAGACGGGCCUCCUUCAGGAAGAUGACGCCGGACGCAGGGUUUAAGUGUCCCCAGAGAGCGGUGAAGGUUUUCCGCCUCCCAGAGUUCCCGCCUCCGCUGGCCUAUCACUACGUCCAGAACUACUAUUCUGACAUGGUUUCUUCGCUGGGGAAGGCUAUUAACGCUACACCAGCUGGAGAGUCUGCUCUGAUGGCCAGGUAUCACUACCUCCGAGGUUUGGUCAACACUGUGUCCAACAGACGUCUGGAUGCACUGGAGGAUUUCCAGAGUCUUUAUAAGACGGACUCGGACAUCUUCCCUUCUCAGAUGGUGAAGACAUUGGUUGACUCCCUACCAGCAGGGGAAAGGGUACAGGCGGACAAACGGCCAGAACUAAGGCGGCUCAUCAGUCGGGUCAAGAGGGACCAGGAGCGGGAGCUCGCGCGCGACGGCAACAGGUGUGAGGAAGACGCCGUAAAGCGCUUCAAGCUGCCGAAAACAUAUAUGCAGCUGGAGGAGUUUGUAAAAUGCAUCCAGGAGUCUGGCAUUGUAAAAGACCAAGGAACCAUACACAGACUCUUUGAUGCCCUAACUGUAGGUCAUCAGAAGCAAGUGGGUCCAGAGUUGUUUAGAGUCUUCUACACCAUCUGGAAGGAAACUGAGGCCGAGGCACAGGAGGUGUGCCUGCCGGCGUCCGUCUCGGAGCACAUUGAGGCCAGCGAGUGCAUCUUCAAGCUGUCCUCAUCCGUCAAGACGAGCCGCGGCGUGGGGAAGAUCGCCAUGACUCAGCGACGGCUCUUCCUGCUGACCGACGGGCGACCGGGAUACGUGGAGGUGGCACAGUACCGAGAUUUAGAGGAGGUGAAAGUGUCCUCAGCUCCCUUCCUGCUCCUGAGGAUCCCCAGCCUGAAGCUGCGCGUUCAGGGCAGGAAGGAGGCGUUCGAGGCCAAUUUGAAAACAGAGACAGAGUUAUGGAACCUGAUGGUUAAAGAGAUGUGGGCUGGACGCAAUAUGGCUGACCAGCACAAGGACCCCCAGUACAUGCAGCAGGCUCUGACCAACGCCUUGUUAAUGGACGCAGUAGUGGGCAGCCUUCAGAGCAGUAAGGCCAUCUACGCUGCUUCCAAGUUGGCUCACUUUGACCGCAUCAAGAUGGAAGUGCCGAUGAUGGUCCCCAAGACAACCGCAGAGACCCUGAAGCACAAAAUCAACCCCUCGCUGGAGCUGGCUGAGCCUCAGGCUGUCGAUGUGCUCCUAUACACACCGGGUCAGCUUUGGGUGUCUGUGAGCAUGGGGAAGGUGAUGGUGUUUGAUGCCUCCAGCUGGUCCCUCACACACACCUGCCACGUGGGAAAUGCAAGACUGAACUGCAUGCUGGGAGUUGAUAAGGACCAGGUGUGGAUGGGCUCUGAGGACUCUGUUAUCUACAUCAUCAGCAUGCUGGCCAUGGUCUGUAACCGACAGCUGACUGAACACCGGGCGGAGGUCACCGGACUGGCGCUUGAUGUUGACAAAUACAGCCAGAAGGUGGCGUACUCCUGCAGUGCAGAAGGGAGCGUCAUGGUGUGGGACGUCCCAACCCUGCAGGUGAAGAAACAGUUUCGCCUCUCCUGCGACCGCCUGCAGUCCGUCUACAGCUGUAACGGGACGCUGUGGUGCUCUUCCAGGGAGAAUCUGAUGGAGGUGUGGAGGAACGGCUCAUUAAAACAUCGCCUCACUCUGCCGGAGCAGCAAAAAGGAUCCACAGCUACAUUCAGCUCUCUACUGCUGUUGCCCGAGAAGGAGGAGCUGUGGAGUGUUUGUGUGGACUCGGGGGAAGUGUGUAUUUGGCACACCAACGACUCUACCAAACCGUAUGACCGCAUGGUCCUACAGGACUGUGCCGGAUGUCACUGCAUGAUCAAAGUGAAAAACCAGGUGUGGGUCGGGGGCGUCAGCCGCACGGCCGCCAAAGGGAAGAUUUACAUCCUGGACGCGGAACGCCACCAGAUCCUGAAGGAGCUACACGGCCACAGCGACCAGGUGACGGCGCUCUGCUCCGCCGAGGACCGCUACGUCCUCAGCGGGGCGGGCAAGCACGACGGAAAGAUCGCCAUCUGGAAGGUGGAGUAGAGUAUUAGAGUUGACUCUGGAACCAACAAGCUUUUGGAUCCGCAAGAAACGGAGUGAAGGUCCGUGAACGGAGAGAGCCGAUUGGAUCCCAAACGGGCUCAACUAACAGGACUAACACGUCAUUUUUCGGGAACAUGAAGGACAAAUGAAGACUGAAGUGGACACCAGGUCCGCUGGAUAGAUUUUUUUAUUUUUUUUGUAUUCAAAGUGCCUCACUUUACUGAAGACUUUUACUUUCGCAUUAUUAUCAUAGCCUGCCCUGUUUAAUGCUGCUUUUUAUUGACUACGAUGACACUUCAAUUAUCUGGGAACAUUGUGUGACUGAGCACCACCUCUAACUGUGUUUUUGAGUUUGGUUUCCACAGCGCAAAGUCAAGGACUUGUGUGAUUGGAGAUCAAACCCUUUGUUGGGAAAGACAAUGUUUAAUUUUAUAGGAGUUAUUCAUUGAUGGACAUUGCAUUUCAUAUGAUGAGAGAUGAUAGGAAGUGGGGAGCUUGACUAUAACUCUAACAUGUGGCACUUUUCAGAGGAGCUCAAGUGGAACCAGGCUUUUCAUGUAACAACUUGAAACUAAUAGAAAUACACAAAAUGAGGACCAAUCUGUGUUUUUCUCUUAUGUUUUAUAAUCAAAUACGUACCUCAUUUUUUGACUACAUUUUUAUCUAUUUCUUUUCCUACCAGAUUAGUUUUACUUGUGUUUGGGUUUUAAGCAUGAAUGCCAAAUGUUUCCAUGUACAGACUGACUGGUGGGAUCAUGGUCAGAUCAAACUACUCGGCUAUAGAAUGCCUUAUGGUAUUAAACGUUGUAUUUAAUUUUCAUUCCGAAUAUGAAUUGCUUCUCAUUUGUGUUCUAUACACAUCUGUGAUAUAUACAGUUUUCUAAUGUGUUUAUUUUUUUGUGUUGCAAUUAUUUCUUGUUUCUUGUUGAGGUUAUUUCUAUAGUGUGAAACAAAAUAGACAGAAUUCUUGUUUCACAUUCUUUUUUCUCUUUUUUUCUGGGACUCUUUAAAAAAAAAAAAAAAAAGGGUUAAGAAAUAGGCAGAUCUUUUUAUUCUGUUUUGUUUAACAAACCUUUACCAAAAUCCUUUUUGAUAAAUCCUUCAUGUAUUUUAGUAUAUAAUUAGUAAAUGUGUAUAUCAAAUGCAUUCCUACUGUAAACUAGUGACAAAGCAAACAACUUCAUAUGACACUUUAUUAUGUCUUCAAGACUGUUAACAAAAUUGUCGAAUGUUCAACCAGCAGUGAACAAAGUAAAUACACGUUUUCAUGAAUAAAGUCUUCAGGUAUUUUUAUUAUCAACUGGGGCAAGUUUCAAUAAGCUGUGUAACUCAUUGAAAAGAAGCAAAUACUUGUAAAAGUGCAAUGCAACUGCUCAGGAAGUCUCAUGAGUAAAUACUGCUUCACUUUAAGUGAUCAACAAUGUCCCGUCAUAGUUACAUGGAAUGCAUUUAUUACUUUGCCCAUCCCACAACUUCAUGCUGCAUCACAUGAUUUGCGCCUAUUGGUUCCUGCACUUCUCAGACUCCACCGGAGGAGGGAGCUAUUUGAUACAGAAAGAAAUUAAUGCUGGGCAUGUUUUUUGAUGAGAGGUCAUUGCAGUUCAAUUUCACAGAUCAGAACCCCAAAUCAAUAUAACACUUUCUCAGUCAAUCUAUUGAUUAUUUUAUUUACUACAUUACUCA